AUGGAGAAUUUGACGACAAAAUCAGGUGCUGGUGGUGGUAGUGGUGGUACGACAAGGUUCCUAGUGAAAACUUACCAUAUGGUUGAAGAUUUAUAUACUGAUAAUAUAGUAUCACGCAGUCAAAGCAACAAUUGUUUCAUCAUUAUGGAUCCUGAUGAAUGUGUUAGCAAUCUUAGCAAGUAUUUUAGACACAACAAUUUCUCCAGCUUUGUCCGUCUGCUCAAUACAUAUGGAUUUCACAAAAUAAAACAUGAUCAAUGGGAGUUUUCUAAUGAGUAUUUUUUGAAAGAUCAAUAUUAUCUUCUUGGUAAUAUUCACCGCAAGAAAACUGUUCACAGUCACUCUCUUGGAGAAGUAGAAAGGCUUGCACUUGAAGAAGAAAUUGAGAAACUUGCUAACGAAAAAGCCUCAAUUGAAUUAGAUAUUUCUAGCUUCAAUCAGUACAUGCCAACUAAAAAGCUUCAUGUGGUUAAUCUAGUGCAAAGAUUAAAAGCAUCUGGGUAUAGGCAUAAUAAUUUGAAGAACUCGUUUGAAUUGGUUCUUCAAUAUCCUAAAUUCGUCAAAAAAAAUAAAUAA